AUGGUUGGAAGCCGUCAGGGCACAGAGAAGGGGCCGAGGGUGCCCUGAGUGUGCGUGGGGGGAGCCCUGCUGCAGUCCAAGCCUUUGAUUCUGAAGCUCUGGACCCUGCCAUGUGGCCCAGCCACCCAUACCUGGGAUAGGGGCUAAGCCAAGCUACUGUGUCCUCCAAAGGGAGGCAGCCUGUUUGCUUUGUCCGUUUGCCUUUGCAGAGACCUCGAUCCUCAUGCAAGACAAGCAGCGGCCCCUGUAAGUGCACGAGACAAUCCCAAGUGUCAGUGGGAAGGAGAUCCCUUUCCUGAUGGGGCUGCCUGUGCCCAGUCCCUCCCAGCUUCCCCAGGGCCCUGGGGCUCUGCAGGCAUUCAGAAGUGGAAGCCAGCCACAGCCCGGGACUGAAGAGGUUAAUGUGUCUAGGUGAUGUCAGUGAGAGCCGCGAAGGAGGGAGUAGGGAGGGCAGUUGGGCUUGGAGGCAGCAGUGGCUGCCAGGCUGCCGAGGAAGACCCCCUUCCCGACUGCGGGGCUUGUGCUCCUGGACAAGGUGGCAGGCGCUGGAGGCUGCCGCAGCCUGCGUGGGUGGAGGGGAGCUCAGCUCGGUUGUGGGAGCAGGCGACCGGCACUGGCUGGAUGGACCUGGAAGCCUCGCUGCUGCCCACUGGUCCCAACACCAGCAACACCUCUGAUGGCCCCGAUAACCUCACCUCAGCAGGAUCACCUCCUCGCUCAGGGAGUGUCUCCUACAUCAACAUCAUCAUGCCUUCGGUGUUCGGCACCAUCUGCCUCCUGGGCAUCAUCGGGAACUCCACGGUCAUCUUCGCGGUUGUGAAGAAGUCCAAGCUGCACUGGUGCAACAAUGUCCCCGACAUCUUCAUCAUCAACCUCUCGGUGGUGGAUCUCCUCUUUCUCCUGGGCAUGCCCUUCAUGAUCCACCAGCUCAUGGGCAAUGGGGUGUGGCACUUUGGGGAGACCAUGUGCACCCUCAUCACGGCCAUGGAUGCCAAUAGUCAGUUCACCAGCACCUACAUCUUGACCGCCAUGGCCAUUGACCGCUACCUGGCCACCGUCCACCCCAUCUCUUCCACGAAGUUCCGGAAGCCCUCUGUGGCCACCCUGGUGAUCUGCCUCCUGUGGGCCCUCUCCUUCAUCAGCAUCACCCCCGUGUGGCUGUAUGCCAGACUCAUCCCCUUCCCAGGAGGUGCAGUGGGCUGCGGCAUCCGCCUGCCCAACCCGGACACUGACCUUUACUGGUUCACCCUGUACCAGUUUUUCCUGGCCUUUGCCCUGCCCUUUGUGGUCAUCACGGCCGCAUACGUGAGGAUCCUGCAGCGCAUGACGUCCUCAGUGGCCCCCGCCUCCCAGCGCAGCAUCCGGCUGCGGACAAAGAGGGUGACCCGCACAGCCAUCGCCAUCUGCCUGGUCUUCUUUGUGUGCUGGGCACCCUACUAUGUGCUACAGCUGACCCAGUUGUCCAUCAGCCGCCCGACCCUCACCUUUGUCUACCUGUACAAUGCGGCCAUCAGCUUGGGCUACGCCAACAGCUGCCUCAACCCCUUUGUGUACAUCGUGCUCUGCGAGACGUUCCGCAAACGCUUGGUCCUUUCGGUGAAGCCUGCAGCCCAGGGGCAGCUUCGCACUGUCAGCAACGCUCAGACGGCUGACGAGGAGAGGACAGAAAGCAAAGGUACCUGACACUUCCCCUGCCGCCCUGGACACCUCCAAGUCAGAACACCACAGCAAGCCGUGGGGAGAGAGGCCAAGAGAAACCCAAGACUGCUCUGGGGGAAUGCAGGAAGGUCAGGUGGUGAGUGGUUGUUGCAAUGAAAUAAAUACAUUCCAUGGGGCCCACACAUUGCUGGGGAGGCCUGGAGUCAGGUUUGGGGGUUUCAGACCUCAGAAAUCCCUUUGGGGGAGCAGGAUUAGACCUUUGGAUAGAACAGAAGCUGAGCAAGAGAAGAUGUUGGUCUGGAUCAUCGGUUGCACUAUAUCUGCGCGCUCUCAAAUGUCUUCUCAAGGCAAGAGGUAGAAGGCUACUGACUGGGUUUCAAGUCAGGCAGGGCUGGAGUGUGAGCAGCCGGGGCCGUGUUGCACAAGGCCUGAGAGACGGGAAAGGGCCCGACAGCUCUUUCCCACCUCUCACUGGUGUGAUGGAAGGCGGCCUUUCUCCCAAGCUGGUGGAUAAUGAAAAAUGAAGCAUCCCAUCUCUUGGCAUUCCAGCAUCCUGUCAAUGUCCCUUUUGCUCUAGAGGAUGCAUGUUUAUUUGAGGGGAUGUGGCACUGAGCCCACAGGAGGAAAAGUCCAGUUUCCUAGGAGGUCUGCUUACUGAGAAUGACAGGGAGAUCUGGGGUGGGUGUGGGUCUUAAAACUAAUAAAAGUUGGCGGCGGGGUGCUUUUGCAGCUUUGGUGACAUUCUCUCCACGGGGCACAUUUGGUCAGUCGCUAAUCCAGCGUGAGUGUCCGUGUGUUCUGCAUGUGCAGGGGUCAUUCUAGUGCCUGGUGUGUUGGCAUCAUCUUUUUGCUCUAGCCCUUCCUCUCCAAAAUAAAAACAAAUAAAGGAAAAUCUCCACCCACA